AUGCCUCAUCCGGGGUUGGGGAUGGAAUCUGAAGUUCAGUGUCUUGUGAAGAACGUUGAUCCAAAAGACUACGUGUUCAGUGGACUGAAGAAUGAAACAGUGGGUCGCUUACCUGGGAAGGUGGCUGGACAACAGUUUCUCAUUCAAGACUGUGAGAGCUGUAACAUCUAUAUUUUUGAUCACUCUGCUACAAUUACUAUUGAUGACUGUACCAACUGCAUCAUUUUUCUGGGACCUGUGAAAAGCAGUGUGUUUUUCCGCAAUUGCAGAGAUUGCAAGUGCGCACUGGCCUGCCAACAGUUUCGUAUGCGGGACUGUAGAAAGCUGGAAGUCUUUUUGUGCUGUGCCACUCAACCUAUUAUUGAGUCUUCCACAAAUAUCAAGUUUGGCUGUUUUCAAUGGUACUACCCUGAAUUAGCUUUCCAGUUCAAAGAUGCAGGGCUAAGUAUCUUCAAUAAUAACUGGAGUAAUAUCCAUGACUUUACACCUGUGUCUGGAGAAGUCAACUGGAGCCUUCUUCCAGAAAAUGCUGUUAUUCACAACUAUGUUCCUCUACCUACUACCAAUGAGCUCCAAGCUGUCCGCAUUUCCACAGAAGCCAAUAGAAGUAUCGUUCCUGUAACCCAUGGUCAGAGACAGAAGAACAGUGAUGAGUCAUGCCUAGUGGUAUUAUUUGCUGGUGAUUAUACUAUCGCAAAUGCCAUGAAACUAAUUGAUGAGAUGGUUCAUUUAGGUUUUUUCCUGAUUCAGACAAAGGAAGUAUCCAUGAACGCUGAGGAUGCUCAGAGGGUUUUUCGGGAAAGAGCACCUGAAUUCCUUCAACUUCUGGACAGAGGUCCUGUUAUUGCCUUGGAGUUUAAUGGAGAUCGUGUUGUAGAAGAUUGUCAAAAUGUUGUCAACGAGAUAUUCAAGAGCACCAAGACGUUUGUGUCACAAAACAAGGAGACAGCAUCUAGAGAUAUAGACCGCUUCUACAACUUUGCUGAUAUACAGAUGGGAAUAUGAAGUGCACCGUGGAACCAGAGACUUGGUAUUAAAGCCCUUCUCACCUUGUAUAUUACCAACGGCUUUUACUAAGGCUAACAUUGUUAAAGUUGAUUCUUCAAUAAAUUAUUAAAUACUGCAUCAUUUA